UCUCUCUCACAUGUACACACACAAAUAAAUAACAUAACACAUCACUCACCUCAACUCUUCAAUUUGGUUCAUUCAUAGACUGUUCGAGAGACACUCUUCAAUUUCAUCUAUCUUUAUAAGAUCCAACUAGAUUAUGGCAAAGUUUCCUCAAGUGGGAGCAUCGAUCUUGCUCCUCUUCCUUACCAUCAUCUCUCUAUGUUCCGCUCACAAAGUGGUUUCUUCUAAAGGGUUGGUUCAAAUAGAGUGUUUAAGAGUCCCUUCGUCAGAGUUCGCCGAAGCGGCCAAAACCGUCAUUGAUGCCAUCAAAAAAGCCGGAGAUAUAGUCUCCAAGUUCGACAAAAAGAUUGGGAAGUCGAGAGUUUCCAAUGCGAUUCUUGAUUGCGUUGAUCUUCUUGAUUCUGCCGCUGAAGAGCUUUCUUGGAUCAUCUCUGCAUGUCUAAACCCCAACGGUAAAGACAACAGCACAGGUGACUUGGGUUCGGAUCUACGGACAUGGAUAAGCGCCGCACUUUCUGACCAGGACACAUGUCUCGACGGCUUCGAGGGGACAAAUGGUUUUAUCAGAAAAGUCGUGGCCGGUGGUCUUAACCGGGUCAGUUCAACAGUCCGAAAUUUACUAACCAUGGUUCACUCUCCUCCCUCUAAGCCCAAAUCCAAGCCCAUGAAAGCCCACACGACGACCACAAUUCAUAGUGGCUUCAGUAAGUUUCCUUCAUGGGUUAAACCCGGUGAUCGGAAGUUGCUGCAAACUGAUGGCUCACAAGUGGCGGCUGACGCGGUUGUUGCCGCGGAUGGGACCGGGAAUUUCAAGACGAUAAGUGACGCGGUGUUGGCCGCACCGGAGUAUAGUAAGAAAAGAUAUGUGAUACAUGUGAAAGGAGGUGUAUAUGCGGAGAAUGUGGAGAUCAAAAAGAAGAAAUGGAACAUUAUGAUGGUUGGUGACGGCAUUGAUGUCACCGUGAUCACCGGUAAUCGGAGUUUUAUCGAUGGCUGGACUACUUUCCGAUCUGCUACCUUUGCUGUGAGCGGUAGAGGAUUUAUUGCUCGUGAUAUAACAUUCCAAAACACGGCCGGACCGGAAAAGCACCAAGCAGUCGCACUACGGUCGGAUACAGAUCUCGGGGUCUAUUAUCGAUGCGCGAUGAAAGGUUACCAAGAUACUCUUUACGCCCACUCAAUGCGUCAAUUCUUUAGAGAAUGCAUUAUAACAGGAACCGUAGACUUUAUAUUCGGAGAUGCAACAGCCAUAUUCCAAAACUGCCAAAUCAAAGCCAAACAAGGCCUACCAAACCAAAAGAACAGCAUCACAGCUCAAGGACGUAAAGAUCCAAACGAACCAAGUGGAUUCACAAUCCAGUUCAGCAACAUAACGGCUGAUACCGAUCUAGUUCCACACUUAAGUACCACGGCUACUUACUUGGGUCGACCGUGGAAGUUGUAUUCUCGAACGGUGUUUAUGCAAAACUACAUAAGUGAUGCACUUAGGCCGGAAGGAUGGCUCGAAUGGAGCGGGGACUUUGCAUUGGAUACAUUAUAUUAUGGUGAGUAUAUGAAUACCGGACCGGGGGCUAGUCUAGACCGCCGUGUUAAGUGGCCAGGAUACCAUGUAUUGAAUAAUUCGACCGAGGCUAAUAACUUUACGGUAGCUCAAUUCAUACAAGGGAACCUUUGGUUACCAUCAACUGGUGUCACGUACAUUGCUGGUCUAGGUUCGUAAACUAAUCAUGUUUGAUUGUAUGAUUUAUAGUAUAAUGUAUAUCUCUUCAUAUAUCAUUUCUAUUAUUCUAUACAAUUUAUUAUUUGUCUGGGUGUUUUAUAUUUUGUAUAUGGUUUUGGUAAUGAUAAUUGAACAACAAGUUGGAUAUUGUAUUGAA